AGUUUAAAUUGCUCUUCUCGACACGAGAUCGUCUCCGCUAACGCAAAAACCUUAAUUGCCAUUUACAAAACGGUAAAGUUUUGCAUCUAAAAGUUGCAAAAGUGUUCCUUUUAAACCCCAUUCCAAUUUGUCAACACGACCAACAACUGCAAAAAGAAGCGAGUGAGGGAGUGAAGAGGAAAAACAGGCAAGAAGAAGAAGGAAAGAAGAAAAAAAAAAGCCAAAUAUUAUAUGCAUGUCUCGAUGUUAAUAGUUCUCCUUGGCAAACUCUACAGGGAAUUGAGAGAUAGACGAAGCUGUCGUAUAAUCUGCUUAACCCGAGAGUAGCUGAGACAUCUAAUAGCCUGCCAACCACCUACCAAUCACAGUCCAUUAUUUAUUUUACUACCCAUGUUCAGGGCGCAUGCGUAGUGAGAGAAAGAGCGCCGUCGCUUCUCCGACUGUUACACGCAGUUUAGCCUCCGAUGUAAAGCCGUCGUAAGUAACAGACGGCAUUUUUAUAAGCCGUAUUCAAAUUCCGUAUCAUGCAUCAAGAUAAUUGUUACACGCAGAUCUAUCCUCUUCCUUCGGUAGCUAUCAGGACGUGGCACCCUCAUGUAUAUGGAAAGCCUCCCAAACAACCCACUUCUCACUUUAUCGUAGACAUUUUAGGACUUCGUAGUGAUUCUCCUCCUCUUUCUCCCGUCACUUCUGUAUACAGAGAUGCGUUGUGUGCGUCCGAAGUGGAAUCAAUUACCGCAGACCAACCGUUGAACUUGUGCACGGAACAUCGACGUACGGUUUCACCAGCUUCGUCCUCCCAACACUCCGGUUAUUCUGUCGUCGUUGGGGAAGGUUCACCCAGUUCGGUUUCUGUUACGUCACCACCUCGAUCCGAAAUGUCACCCGAGUUGUCGAGUUCGAGAACUUCGCCCGUUCGUGAUAUAAACGCUAAGGAUACUUGUAAGAAAGACUUUUCCAGAAAUGAGGAUGUUACGAAUAAAGGUAGUACGAAAAACAAUACUGGAAAACAUGCGAAACGAAAAAAAGAUAAAGUACCAGAAGAGAUAAUACAAUCCAAUGAAAACAGCAAUUCUGGUUGCGAACAAGGAAAUGAUAAAAUUAAGAAGAAGAAGGCAAGAACGACAUUUACCGGACGCCAAAUAUUCGAACUGGAGAAACAAUUCGAAGUCAAAAAGUAUUUAUCUUCAAGUGAAAGGGCAGAUAUGGCCAAAUUAUUAAAUGUAACAGAAACUCAGGUAAAAAUUUGGUUUCAGAAUAGGCGUACAAAAUGGAAAAAACAGGAUAUUGUAACAGGUACAGAUUCAAGCGAACAUAAACCCCCAACUCCGAAUAACAUUAAAGGUAAAAGUGCCAAAACCAAGCCGGUCCCGAUCAGUACAUCGUCGUCGUCUGCAGUUGACAAGAAUCCCCCUCAAGAUAUAAAAGUCAAUGUUGCGACUAUCCGAACAACAGAUGCAACAGACGUUAUGGUUGACAAGGAUAUUUCAAGGAUAGAAUCUAAUAAAGUUGAAGACUGUGCAUCUUAUAAAAUUAGGACACAAUCACCGACUAGUCCAAGUGUCGAACAAGCCAAUGAAGUUUCCAAUGAAUUUUUAAAACUAUCCGAAAAAUAUCCGAACGAUAAAGAAGCGAUUGUACAUACACAAACACCGAACGUAGAUACAGAAGUACACUGACACAAAUUAAGAUGUAAAUCAGCUAUAUAUAUAUAUAUACAUACAUUUAUAUAUAUAAAUAUAUAUAUAUAUAUAUAUGCGGAUUCAUACGUAGGUUAACGUAUGAAUUACCUUUAAAAAAAAAAAAAAAUACACUUGUGGAUCAUUUUCGAUCAAUGUUAUCCACCACAUCGACCAAGUUUGUUCUUUUUGGUGUUUCCAUGGUUGUAUUAUAUGAAUAGUGCAAAUAUCUUUAUAACAAUAUGAGGUUGAGUGCCUCUUAUAAUUAUAAAACUGUGUCCGAUAAAACAUUAAAAGCAGCCUUCAUAUGUGUGAGUUAUGUGUUGUCUACUAAAGAAAUAUGGCCAAGGUA